UGAUAAGUGAAGCUGCUAUAAAUAAGAGCAAAAUUUAAUACCUGAACACAGUGCUUUUAUCAACCAUAGAGGUACAAGAUGAAUCCAGAUAAAUGUCGCCAAUGUCAUCAUUGUUGUCAUCAAUGCCAUCAUCACGAUCAGCACCCAAUACCAACAGGUUACUACUGGCGAGAUUAUACCGGCGAAAUACCCGCAGACGCAUUCCCAGGUGGACAUGAUCUAAGCAAUAAACCCACCUACAUUGGUCAAGCAUAUUUAUCAGGUACUGGUUUGAUACCGACAACUCUUUACCCCGGUCAAGCAGGUCUCAACUUACCCUGUGACUGGAAAGUGAACUACUCUGACGUCGGCAUGAAAAUACUUUGUACUCCAAACCCCAAUUCUCUUUCUUGGGAAAACGCCACGUCUUCCGAUCUACAUGUGACUGCAGCUGGUAAGCAGUUAGUCAUUGGGGGUUACCAAAGCCGUGGGUCGAGGAUGCUGCUUAACGUUGGAAGAGUACCGCACCAGGGAGAACUACUAGUGGGAAAAGUGGUUGGGAGUGAACCAGGACAGGCAGUAAUGUACUAUGUUGGUAGCAACAAGGAAAAUGCGAUUAAUUCGUACCAAGUUUUGGUACAGAAGUCCGACAAAUAAAUGCCGUCAGUUGUAACAUUAAUACCAA